AUGGCAGAUCUGGAGUGUGUUCCUCCAGGCUGUGCUCUGUGGUCCCCCGGGCAGGCAGAGUGUGUUCCUCCAGGCUGUGCUCUGUGGUCCCCGGGCAGGCAGAGUGUGUUCCUCCAGGCUGUGCUCUGUGGUCCCCCGGGCAGGCAGAGUGUGUUCCUCCAGGCUGUGCUCUGUCCUCCCCGGGCAGGCAGAGUGUGUUCCUCCAGGCUGUGCUCUGUGGUCCCCCGGGCAGGCAGAGUGUGUUCCUCCAGGCUGUGCUCUGUGGUCCCCGGGCAGGCAGAGUGUGUUCCUCCAGGCUGUGCUCUGUGGUCACCCGGGCAGGCAGAGUGUGUUCCUCCAGGCUGUGCUCUGUGGUCCCUGGGCAGGCAGAGUGUGUUCCUCCAGGCUGUGCUCUGUGGUCCCCGGGCAGGCAGAGCAGAGUGUGCUCCUCCAGGCUGUGCUCUGUGGUCCCCGGGAACGCAGAGUGUGUUCCUCCAGGCUGUGCUCUAUACAGCCUAG